AAAAAAGAUCCGUGUUAGGGCAUGGACUUACGGCUUUACGAGACUAUUAAAUGAAAAAAGAAGAAACACUUCAUAUUUUUCAUUGUGGAAAGACCAGGGCAUCAGGGCGGCGCGCAAGGGAUCCUUAGCACCUUCAGACGCAUAGUUGAGGGUUUGGGUAACAGGGUAGCGGUGGAAGAUCAUGGGCACGCCCGAGAAUUCACGAGAGCCAUGCCCAGACAGAAUUUUAGAUGAUGUCGGAGGUGCCUUCGGCAUGGGAGCUGUAGGGGGAUCGGUUUAUCAUUUUGUCAGAGGAUUUUACAAUUCUCCCCGGGGGGAGCGUUUAAUUGGCGCAACCCAAACUGUAGGAAUGAAUGCACCCAGAACUGGGGGAAGUUUUGCCGUGUGGGGCGGCCUCUUUUCGGUUUUUGACUGUUCCAUGGUUUAUGUGAGACAGAAGGAGGAUCCAUGGAAUUCUAUCAUAGCAGGCGCUGCUACGGGAGGGUUUCUUCAGAUGCGCCAGGGCCCAAGGGCUGCUGCCAAGUCCGCUAUGGUUGGCGGCGUUUUGCUUGCUUUGAUCGAAGGUGCAGGGAUUAUGCUCAACCGCGUUUUGAGUGCGCAGCAGCAACAGUUUCCUCCCAUAGAAGAAGGAAUGAUGCCCAAUAUGCAGGGAAUCCCUAAUAUGCAAGGGAUCCCUAACUUGCCAGGGGUUCCCGCUACGCAGCCCAAUUUAACGGAACCCAAAGAGAAAGAAUCUUCUUCUUGGUUUGGAGGGUUUUUUGGCGGUAAGAAGGAGACCCAGCACAGUGGAGGCCGCGGUAUGGCUGAGGUUUUGGACAGUUUUGAUCAGCCUAGUGCUCCUGUGCCUAAUUUUGAAUAUAAGUGAUCAUCUGAAACAGUUGGAAGCUUCAUGUUUCACGUUUCCAGGUUAAAUGGAUAUUUUAUUUAAAGUAGUUGUCAUUUGCUCUGUUGUGGUUUGGGUUCUUUGGCAUGCCCAAAUAAAACCACCAAGAUGAAGGUGUGUAUGUCUGAAAGCGCAGAAUUGCCCUCAUAUGAGGUUCUCAAAGUUGUUACCAAAGCAAUUGGGAAUAAUAUCCAAGUUCCCUUAUUUUACAUUCUUUAAUGUAGUGCUCAUUUUCAUUCUUAGCACAUAAAUCUCAACAUCAUGUUUAUAUAAGCAUUAGUUGAAUACCUAAAAACGAAAGAAUUGUUAGAUUAGUAGAGAAAAAAAUCAGAAGGUGGGUUGUUGUUAUAAUAGAGAUUAUGAAACAUGUGGUUGAGGUUCUUUUUGUGAUGGUGGGACCAACAGAGUUUAUUCUGAUUGUACAAUGAUUUAUGAUAGCAAAUCAGUAGGAAAUCCAGGUUCAAUUAGUCUGCUCUUUUAAACUUUCCUUUUCUAAUAGAGCAUGCUACGCAUGUUUUUUCUUUA